AUGAUAGAGCAAAUAGCCAAAAGCUCAUCAACUAAAUCAAAAAAGGAUCGUAUUUAUACAAAUUUGGAAACUUUAAAAUUGAAUGUACAAAAGUUAGACUCAAUGACGACAACACCAUCAAAAGUCAAUAAUAAUAAUACCGCAAUAACUACUCCAAUUGACAUAAAUACAGAGAAUGCGCUACAACAAACACUGUUGUCUUCUAAUAUAACUUCAAACGCCUCAACAUCUGAUUCAAUUCUAUCAAAAAAGUCUCAACAUAGCAGAGUAGCGUCCAAUGAUGAUCCACUAACAGACUUACCCAGUCCUGCCACUUCUUUAAUGGAUUUUCCAACUUCCCAUCAUUUAUCGAUACAUAAAAUAAGUCCUUCAAGUUUAAAAUCAACCGAAUUAAUUGGUCAUUACGCUAUACAAAAAACAAUUGGCGAAGGUAGCUUUUCUAAAGUUAAAUUGGCAAUUGAUUUAAGUAAUUGUCAAAAGGUUGCUAUAAAGAUCAUUGGGAUUAAAGGUAUUCAAGAUAGUGAAAGAGUAAAAUCUAGUGUUUUAAGAGAAGUUGAAAUGUUAAAGUUCAUUAAUCAUCCGAACAUUGUAAGAUUAUUUGAUGUAGUAGAUAUUUCAACUCACUUUUGUUUAAUAUUAGAAUAUAUUCCUGGUGGAGAAUUAUUUGAUUAUGUCAAUGAUUAUUAUGAAGAGACAACUGAACAAGAUUCAAAACAAAUUUUCUUACAAUUAGUUGACAUUGUGAAAUAUCUACAUGAUAAUAACAUUGAUGUAGAUUCCAACAAAAAAGAUCUAUUAAAAUCCAAUCCAAUUAUAAAGUUAACUGAUUUCGGAUUAGCUAAAUUUGUUGAUCCAACAAAUCCUUUAUUAUCAACAAGAUGUGGAUCUGAAGAAUAUGCUGCGCCUGAACUUAUAUCUGGUAAAUCACCAUAUGAUGGUAAGAAAACAGAUAUAUGGUCAUUGGGCAUUAUAUUAUAUAGUUUAUUGGUUGGUUAUUUGCCAUUUAAUUUUGAUGGGCCAAGAAAACAAUUUUUUCAUAAAAUUAUCAAAGCAGAAUUUGAUUUUCCUAAAACUUCCAUGGAAGGUGAACGUGGUAGAAGAGGUACAAUUAGUAAUGAGGCAAAAGAUUUAAUUAAAAAAAUAUUAAUGUCUGAUCCUGAUAAACGUUUUACUUUGGAAGAAAUUAGUAAUCAUGAAUGGUUAAAAUAA